GCUCUCGAGAAAGGCACAGAAGCUAGAGGAAGAGGAAGAGGGAAUCUACCCGUGCCCUCGUAUCCGUCCACCCAAAGCCCCGAACCUUUCAAUCCUGUCCCCCUUGCCCUGCCUUUUGUUUCUUUGCCUCACGCACUCGCACUACCACUCCAUAUCUCCACUGCUUCGUCGCAGCAAGAACCGGAGCAGCUAGAGCACGUACGCAGCUAGCCGACAAGUGUGCGACGCGGGAACGAGGCGUGUUCAUGUGCGUAUGGGAUGAGCCGGCGGUGUGAGUGCUUCGCCGUGGCCAGCAUAUGGACCGCGGGGAGAGGGCGGGCGCCGGCGCCGUCGGCAGCGCCGGCAGCCUCGGGCUCCGUGUCGGGCAGGCCGUCUUCUCGUCGGCGGCGCUCAUGUUCAUGUCCGUCGGCGUCGAGUUCUUCAGCUAUACUGCCUUCUGCUUCCUGGUCACAAUCAUGGGCCUGGUGAUCCCCUGGAGCUGCGCGCUCGCCAUCAUCGACGUGUACUCCGUACUCGUCGGGCACCCGCUCCGCAUGCCUGGUGUCGUAGCCAUCGUCGUCGUCGGAGACUGGGUCCUGUCGAUACUCUCGCUGGCGGCUGCCAGCUCGAGCGCCGCCGUCAUCGACGUCCUCCUCGAGUUCCAUGGAUCACAAUGCCCCCCGAGGCUGUGCGAGAGGUACCAGCUCUCCGCGAUGAUGGCGUUCCUGUCCUGGCUCCUUACGGCCGCUUCGUCCCUUUUCAACCUCUGGUGCCUCGCCUCCGGGUGAGGGUGACCACCGAUGGAGAUAUGAGUUCCUA